UUUCCUUUUUUCCUUGAAAAUGUUCUCAUUUGUAAAGAACAAAUUUUUUUUAAUAAAUUUCUUUUUAUUAUUGUUAGCACUAAUGCCACUAUUUAGCUUAGCGAAUACUUAUAUAAAUUAUCAAGGAGAACACAACAACUACGGUGACCACGCAAAAAUUAGACAACACGUAAAAAAUCAUUUAAAAGACAUUCCGGGACAAAAUUUUGGGGAGAUGACAGAUGAUGAUGAUUUAUAUUAUUUAUUUUCUAUACAUGACGUUAAUCGCGAUGGAUAUUUAGAUGGACAUGAAUUACGUGAAGCUUUUAUUGAUGAUGAAUUUGGUGAUUCGGAAGGACUGAAACUCGAAGAAAUCGUUGAAAUGAUCGAUCAUGUAUUGUUAGAAGAUGAUAUGAACAAUGACGGAAAAAUUAGUUGGGAAGAGUACCUAUUAUCACAAUCUUAUCAUCAAGUAUAGUUAAAUAAACAAAAUUCACAACUAAUAUUACAAAUUCCAA